CUUCUUUUCUCCUCUUUGUUUUUUCUCCAUAAAUACGCUCUUUUCUCUCUUAUUUUCUUUCCUUCUUUAACUCUUUUUAACUUUUAUAAUGGAUAUUGCAGAAUUAAUACACAUGGAUCCCAUGGAUACUGUACAGAAGCGACAUUCAUGUGAAUGGCCAGACUGUCAUAAAUCAUUUAGUAGGCCGUCUGAUGCAGCCAGGCAUUAUCGAAUCCAUACAAACGACCGACCCUUUCAAUGUACAGAAUCAUAUUGUGGCAAACGAUUUAUACAGAGAUCAGCGCUAACUGUUCAUUUGCGCACACACUCGGGAGAACGACCGCAUCUAUGUGAAGUGAGUACAUGUCAAAAGAGUUUUAGUGAUAGCAGUUCCUUGGCCCGUCACAGACGAAUUCAUACAGGCAACCGCCCCUACAAAUGUCACGAGUGCAAUAAAAGUUACACGAAAAAGACAAUUUUAGUUCGACACGCACGUAUGUGCCAUGAUUAUCUACCUUCUCCGCCUUCAAGCCAAAAUGGAGAUAUCUAAGUCUUGUUUAUUUUUGCUGUUGCUUUUCCAAAAAGAAAGUUUUUAAUGCAUCCAGGGCCUUUCCACGAUGAGAAAUGGAGUUCUUGGUCACUUUAUCCAACUGAGCAAAACUACAUAUAUAUAUAUUAUUUUAAUAAAAAGAGAGAAAGAGAGAUUAGACAAACUAUAAAUGUAUAAAUGAAUCUUUUUUUGUUUACGUUUGGUCAAAACCAUCAGGCAA